GCUGUCGUGGCUGUACAUUGCUUAGGUUGGACGUGCAACCCGUGCACCCGCUUACGUUUGGUCUCUCCUGCCUGCUGCUUUUGGAUUUUUUUUUCUGCUGGCCAGAAACCGAUCUUAACCAUGUUCCCAGUGAAGGUGAAAGUGGAGAAAUCAGAGUUGGAGAUGGCCAAGGCCCGGAACCAGCUGGAUGCCGUUCUGCAGUGCCUGUUGGAAAAGAGUCACAUGGACAGGGAGCGACUGGAUGAGGAAGCUGGGAAAACUACCUCAGACACCCACAACAAGGAUUGCUCCAUCACAGCUACUGGAAAAAGGCCAUCUGCUCGCUUCCCUCACCAGCGGAGGAAGAAGAGGAGGGAGAUGGAGGACGGCCUGGCCGAGGGAGGGCCUCAGCGAUCCAACACAUAUGUGAUCAAGCUGUUUGACCGGAGUGUGGACUUGGCUCAGUUCAGUGAGAACACACCGCUGUACCCAAUCUGCCGAGCCUGGAUGCGUAACAGCCCUGCAAUGCGAGAGCGGGAGCGUUCCCCCAGCUCACCACUGCCCCCGCUGCCGGAGGAUGAGGAGGGUUCAGAGGUCACCAACAGCAAGAGUCAUGAUGUAUACAAGCUGCCUCCACCCACGGCUCCAGGACCACCAGGCGAGGCCUGCAGAUCCCGCAUUCCAUCCCCGCUGCAGCCAGAGACCCAAGGCACCCCAGAAGAUGAGCCCUCUGAGCCCGAGCCUUCCCCCUCUACACUCAUUUAUCGCAACAUGCAGCGCUGGAAACGCAUCCGCCAGAGGUGGAAGGAGGCAUCUCAUCGGAACCAGCUUCGAUACUCAGAAAGCAUGAAGAUCCUGCGGGAGAUGUAUGAUCGCCAGUGAUGUGCCUGACCCCUCCCCUUCCUCACCCCAAUAAACAUGUUCUACCCCCCCAACC